GUUGCCUCGUUUAUUACGACGACGCAUUUAAACGCGUGUCACACGACCUUUUCUACGGCUCUAUGCGCGCAUCUACGAUUCUCGCGAGGACGAGUAAUACUAUGGCGAGAAUAGAGCUGCAAUAAGGACAAACCUUGUUGCCAUGUAAUGUACAACGCUGCUGACUGCAUUAUCCUCAGCGAUUACUGAGUCCGAUUCACCCGAAGGUCAGGAUUUCAGUCAGACUGACUUGAGGUCGUCACAAAGAAAGUAUUCCUUGUUGACGUCAAGGAUGCCAUGACCCAUACUUGCAGCUCUUGGGAUCUGCUCAUUGGGGUGGCAACAUCUCUACGGAAUUGUUGAAGAAGGUAGAUGGAUUUGCCACCACGAAGAUCGCUGAUUGCUUUCAAGAUGGAAACAAAAUUGGAUAGACACAGCGAGAGGCACUGUGGAGGCCUUAAUUUCAAGACCUGACCUCAAUUCUGGCGUGCCUUUGCAUAUCGAUCGUUGUCGGUUCAAAACGAAACAGGCUUACAUAUUGCUUCACAGUAGUCUUUGACGACGUUCUCAUUUCUUGCCUGUUUGGAUGUUGUACGGAGGAUCCAGGUUAUACUGUAACGAAACUAUGAACGACGAUGCAAGACUGCUUUCGUAUGGGAAAACACCAUCUUGGCUAGUUUCGAUCGCUCUUCCCGCCCCGCACAGCCACGAUACCAAAUUCUAUCGUUGCUUCCGUCCUAGUCUUCCUUCACCCUCAGCUCGACAUUCUAGUUUUGAUUAUCAAACAGCGGUUUUUUUUUACAGUCGGUCUCAUCCACAAUAUUCAACCAGCCUCUAAAUGCCAGUGGAGCGAACAAUAGGGAACGAGCUACUUCAGAGAGUUCCUGUCGAGGUGGUCUCGCACAUUCUCCAGUCCGUCCCAAAACGCCGAGAUCUGGUACAAUUCGCUCUCACCUGUCGCGCUGGCCGAGAUCUUGCGUACCCCGUGUUAUACAGACACAUCGCGGUUAGGUCUCCCAGAGCCGUGGACUCCUGUCUUUGCACACUAGCCACCUCGGAGACCAACCUUGCAGCAUUUGUUCGAACUUUUGAGUUCUUAUCAUGGGUGUCAGACCUGUUUGACGACGAGCAUAAUUUGCCGGAGUUGAGGUGGUUCCGUGACGCAUUCAAUCGGAUGGACAAAUUAGAAGAGUUGAUAUGUGAGAAAGCCAUGACGGAGGACUUAUGCAUUGGUCUGUUCUCGCGGCCGAAGGACUCGCUGAAGUCGUUGACAAUCUCAUUUACGAGCAACGUCUCUGCAUCCCGUCAAGAUCCAUUUACCACCGCCAACUUGGAUGCUCUUUCGCUUCACCUCCACCUUCCACGCCUCAUCGAACUUCAUCUACGCAUCUCUCAUCUGCAUGAGAAGGAUUCCGGUCAUUGGGAACUAAUGCACCGCCUUCUAGUCAAUCAUGCACCUCAGUUGAGAUACCUGUCGGUUGUGGGUCAUUGCAAACCGCAGAAGUUGACCCGUCUCAUCACCAAAUCCAUGUCCUUUCCCGUCCUCGAGUCACUGACCGGAAGCUAUGAUGGCAUCAACAGCUUGCAUACCGAGCAGAUUCCCAAUGUCAAAUGUCUAGCAUUCGGAGCGGGGCCUGAAGAGGGUUACUUCAACUUGCGUCCCCUCCUUCCACAGCUCGAUGUUCUGUGCUGUAGCUUUAAGACUGCAGCUGCGCUCCUGAAUGAUUCACACACUCUGAACACAUUACGAAUGAGAGACGAGGUUGGGAUGAAAGUAGUGAACAUCGCCAAUAGCCUUGCUCCCGUGAUUUACUGCCAGCGCACCCUACAAGAGUUGACCUUAAUCUAUACGCACGCUCCAGUAUUUCUGAAUGAGAUACUGAAAGGUCUGCCAGAGCUGCCAGCUUUGAAUACCUUGACUAUCCGUGCCUUCUACUUCUAUCGUGGGGUUCCUGGCACAGUAGAUAAUUUCAUAGAUGCUGAGUCUUUGAUCAGCUUCGGACGCGAUGUGUUCCCUAAGUUGCCUCGUUUGACUACGCUGUUGAUCAAGGAGACGGCGAGCCCCCAGCAAGCUCCGUAUAAACACAAGCUUCAGGGCAGCAUGCAGCGAAAAGUUCUUGAUGCAUGGAGUGAGCUUCAUCCUUCCCUCAAUCGGGUGUCAUUUUCUCAGCUAUUCGAAUGGGUGAGAAUGGAAGAUGGAAAAUGGAUGUACCCUUCAGACGUGGUUUUCGAUCCCGAUCCAAGUACAUUUCCUAGCGUCGACGUAAUACCAUAAUGUAGUUGGUCUGAAAAUAUAGUAUUUCAAGUACCAGUUUGUACAGG